GCAUAGUAGCCUGCUCAGCAGGAACACUCACAGUAUGUUUUAUUGCACCUGAUGGCUUGAUACUUCUGCCCAGCCCUCCGAACCUUGCUCGAAGUUUAUCAAGUCGUCACCCUUCUCUCAUUUCCUUUGUUGGUCAGGAAAGGCUUCUGUAACAUACUUAAGAAAUGUACUUAGAAAUUGAUAUUGACUAGCAAGUCCAGCGUGCAGCGUGCACAAAGGUCCGGGUGCGCUAGGGCACAGGAUUAUGGCUUUAACAGCUGAGGAGGCAUACUUGGAGGAGCUCUGGCGCGAAGAAGAUGAGCAAAGCGAGGAGGCGACGGCGAUGCAGCAAAUGCUGGCGCACCAGCAUGAGCAGCAGCACGAUGCCCUGCCCAGUUACCAAGAGCUCAUGGGACAGGGCUCCCCGGCCGUCACCCUUCGCCGAGCGAAGGCUGCGGCAGCAGCCAACGGCACGAGCAGCCCGGGCAUCCGGGGCAGCCCCAGCCCAGCACGCGGCCCCGGUGGGCGCCUGCCCUCCCUCGCCAUGGGCCCCACCGUGGGCGCCAACGUGGAGCAGCUGAAACGGCGGCUGCAGACGGUGGUUGCGGAAGUGGAGGGGCACCAGCAGCGGUACGACAAGGUGCUACUAGAGGCCAACAAGGCCACGGACCUGGUGCACAGCAUGGAGGCCGAGAUAGAGUCGCUGUACGUGGAGGCGGAGGAGCUCGCCCGGCGCGUGCCGCCGGCCGCGGAGCGGCAGCGCCAGGUGGCGACGUGGCUGGCGCAGCGCUCGGCCGCGCUGGAGGCUCAGCGGCAGGUGCUGGGCGGCAAGCAGCUGGAGCUGAUAGAGGCGGAGGCGGCGCUGCGGGCGGCGGAGACGGAGCUGGACUUCAUGGCGGAGGCGCGGAACGAGAUCGCGGCGGCGCAGGCCGCGGAGACGGCUGCGCUGAGCGCCGCGGCCGCCACGCUGCGGGGCAAGGAGGACAAGGCGGUGGCUGGCUACCGGCGCAAGCAGGCGGCGGAGGCGGCGCGGCUGGCGGACGUGGCGGCGGCGGCGGAGGAUCUGGCGCAGAGGCGGAUACAGGCCGCGGAGGAGGCUCAGGCCCAGGCCAUGGAGCGGCUGAAGGCCAACACGGAGCGCAUCCGGGAGGGCAUUGCCUCUGGCCGCGACCUGCUGGCGGCGGAGCAGAGCCGCCGGCGGGAGGCCGUGCUGGGGCUCAAGGAGAGCCUGGCGGCGGUGCAGGCUGACGUGGCACAGCAGGCGGAGCUGGCGCGGGUGCUGCAGCGGCAGCGGCGAGACCUGCAGGAGAAGGAGUUCGGCGCCCUGGUGGAGGCCGGGAUGAACCCGUACGAGGUGUUCCGGCGGCGGGACCAGGAGGCGGCGGCGGCGCGGCAGCACGAGGCCAUCACGUCCAACAUCGCCACGCGGCAGCUGGAGGUGGCAGCGCAGCUGGCGCGGGAGCAGGAGGCGUAUGCGCAAAAGCUGGCGGCUCGGAAGCGGGAGAAGAAGACGCGGGAGAUUUUCGACCGUGAGAUGGGACCGGCGGCGCAGCAGGCGCGUACGGAGGCCUACAUGCAGGCACACACCGUGGGCGGCGUGUCCAUGCUGGACCCCACUGGCCGGGUGCAGCCCUUCCCAUCGGAGGCCGUGGUGGUGAAGACGCGGCGCUUCGGCCGCGGCGGCGCGCCUGAGGAGGUGCUGCAGCAGCAGCUGCAGCGGUUGGGGGAUGACACGCAGCCCAAGCAGCUGCUGCUGCCGGCCAAGUACCGCAACACGGCGGACACGGACGCGGCGGCGGUGGCGGGGCUGGGGCGCGGCGGCGGCAGUGACGACGAGGACGGCAUGGGCUCGCCGCCGCGCUCGCCGUCGCUCACGCAGCAGCUGGCGGCGACGCAGCAGUCGCUCACCGCGACCGCCAGCCUGGCGCAGCAGCAGCAGCAGGCGGCGGGCGACCGGUACAAGCAGCUGGCGACGCGGGCGCUGACGAAGCACGAGCAGGGGCUGAUGGAAGCUGCCAAAACGCGGCACAAGGGCGGCAUUGGCGCGCCGCAGACACAAAUGGGGCGAACCUUCGGUGGCGACGCCUUCCUGCCCUCUCCGGCGGUGGUGGAGUUCAAGGACUUCGACGUGGGGCGCACGGUGUCAGCCAGCGUGCAGAUCAUCAACCGGUCCUACAAGAAGAACACCUUCCGCGUUACGGGCAUCCCGGUGGAGUACUGCGACGUGCUGGACUUCGCCUACAAGCUGCCCGGCUACCUGGCGCCGGGCGUGUCAGGCGAGGUGGUCAUUAGCUUCACGCCCAAGGCGCCCGUGGACAUCGACACCAGCCUACAGCUGCUGGCGGACACCGGCCCCUUCGAGGUGCCCAUCCGCUGCCGCACCAAGCGUGCUGCGCUGUCGGUGUCGCCGUCGGCGGUGGACUUUGGCGCGGGCGUGACGCUGGGCGAGUGCGCCACCCGCACCUUCACCAUCGCCAACGACGGAGCUCUAGAGGUCGAGUUCCGGCUCGACAGCCCACAGCUUUCCGAGGACGAGCGAGCGCUGCUCAAGUCCACAGCAAACAUGGCUCACCUCAUGACUUCGGCAACAGUGGCGGCCGCAGCCGCGGCCGCAGCCGCCACGGCCUCCGGCCAGGGGCCGCGCUCCGCGCGCUCUUUUGCCAACAUGGGCGUGGCGGACGGCGCGGCGCCGGAGACGGACACGGGGCCGCUGGUGGCGCCGCGCGAGGAGCGGCGUCUGGCGCACGGCGGGUUCACGGUGUUCCCGUGCGUGGGCCACCUCAAGGGCUACAGCAAGGUGACCUUCACCGUGACCUUCGCCCCGGUGGUGGCGGCGCCUGCCAAGCUGCUGCUGCACGCCUCCUACAAGGCGCCGGCCAUGAAGCGGCUGGCGCUGCCACACCACGAGGUGACGCUGACCGGCACCGGCCGCGACGUGCCCGUGUAUGUGGAGCGGCCGCUCAUCGACUUCCAGUGCUGCAUGCUGGGCCACUUGUACAGGGACGUGCUGGUGGUGCGCAACGGCGGCAAGAGCGCCAUGAAGGUGAUGGUGGUGCCGCGGCCCGAGCUGGAGGGCUUCUUCGAGUUCAGCCCAGACUUCGGCUUCGUGCAGGCCGGCGACUCGUUCCCGAUCACCAUUCGCUUCAAGCCCACGCCGGCGCUGCUGCACGCCUGCCGCAAGCAUGUUGUGGAACCGGAGGAGGAGCAGAUCCUGGAGAUCGGCAUGCGGCUGUCGGUGCCCGACCAGUCGCUGCCGGUGCCCUUCACACUGCGGGCCCAGAUCACCAACACCGACCUGCUCUUCCAGCCUCCCGCACUGGACUUCGGGGACUGUGUCAUGGGCGAGCGCACAGCUGUAAAGCUGCUGGUCCGCAACCCGGGGCGCCUGCCGCAGACGUUUGGGUUCGUGGGCCUGCCAUCGGGGCUGCAUUUCACGCCCAACGACGGCUUUGGCUACGUGUUGCCUGGAGAGGCGUUGGAGCGGCUGGUGUCGUUCCAGCCGCCCAUCGCCGGGCCGCAGACUUUCAGCAUUACCGCCAAGACGCUGGCGGGCCGCUCCUUCACGCUGCCCUGCCGCGCCAACGGCGUGGCGCCGCCAGUGGUGCUCUCGAGCAACCGCGUGCGCAUGCCCGCAACCCCCAUCGGCGACACACGCACCGUGUCGGUCGUACUCAUCAACAAAACCGACCAGCCGCAGUCGUACGAGUUCGCCGUACCGGCCGACAGCGAUCUCACACUCAGCCCGCAUGUGGGGCGGGUGCCGCCGCAGUCGCGGCUGCGAGUGCAGAUCGACUACAGCCCGCGGCCGCCGGUGGACGGCGAGCAGCAAGGCGCGCUGCCGCCGCCGUCGGCGCCAAACACCGCGCGCGGGCCGCGCGACGGCGGCGGCGGCGGCGCCAUGGCCAACGGCAACGGUUCCGGGGGGUACGAGCAUUACAACGACGACGGGGAGCCGGAGGACGGGGAGGGGGACGCGGAUGGGCACACGGACACGGAUUCCUUUCAGUCGCCGUCAGCACGCGCAUCGCCCGUGCAGCCGCUGGGGCGCGGCGGGCGUGGCGGGCGCGGCGGCGCCGCUGGUGAGGACGAGGACGAGGAUGAGGACGCCGGCGAGCUGCCGGUGCGGGGCAAGUCCUCCAGCUCUUCAAAGGCCAGCAGCGGGCGGCGCUCGUCCUCGCCACAGUUAGGCGGGCGGCAGGGCCUGGCGAUGGGCCGCAUCAAUGAGGUCCCGGAUGAUGACGAUGCUGACGCGGAGGCGGAGGCCGCCGCGGAGGCGGAGCAGCGCACAGCGCUGGCGGCGUUGAAGCGCAUUCAAAGCAUGGGCGGCGGCGACCCGGGCUGGUACCGAUGGCGCGAGCACGCCAUCACCUGCUACAUCAAACCCCAGUCCCAAAACCCCACGCCGUCGCAGUCCCAGUCCGGGCAAGCGCCAGCAGCCUCCGCCCCCUCGGACGGCGCCUCUGGCGCCGCCGCCGCCGCAGAAACCGCUGCCUCCUCGGGUCCGGCGGCGGCGCCGCCGCCGCAGGAGAUCCACCUGCAGGUGGCCACGUGCGCCGUACUGCCGGAUCUGGUGCUGCUGGCGCCGCCCGACCUGCCGUACGUGCCGCUGCACCAGUGCCACUGCCUGGACUUUGGGCCGGUGCCGGUGGGGCAGCGCGUGGUGCGGCGACUGGAGCUGGCCAAUGAGGGCGAGGAGCCGCUGGUGCUGGGAGCCGAGUCGAUGGACAGCAGAGAGGUGUUUGGGCUGGUGAACGCGCUGCGGCCGGUGCGGCCGGGCGCCAGCUUCCGUGUGAUGGUCAGCUUCACGCCCCAGGCGCGGACCGAGUACCUCGAAGUUCUGGUGCUCAAGUCUGCCCGCACGCGGCUGCGGCUCGCGCUCAAGGGCGCCGGCAUUGCGCCCGAGCUGCAGCUGGGGCCCGAGGGCGUCACCGCCACCGGCCUGGAUAUGGGCGACGUGCUGGUGGGCGAGGCCGCCGCCCGCACCCUCACCGUCACCAACGUGUGCCCCUUCCCGCUGUCCUUCACCAUGCGCCUGGCCGGCAAGGCCUCCGCGGCCGACCCCAACCCGACCAUGCGCCAGGCGUUCUCCUGCCACCCGGCGGAGGGCACGCUGGCGCAGGGCGAGAGCUGCGAGGUGGCUGUGAGCUUCACGCCCUUCAGCCAGCGGCCCUACUUCGAGGACGUGCUGCAGGUUGUGGUGCCCAACCAGCAGGACCAGUUGCUGGUGCCGCUGCGUGGCCGCGGCUGGCGGGAGGCGGUGUUCGUGGCGGGGCCCGACUACCCCGAGCCCCAGCCCGACCCCUUCCUGCUGCACCACCUCGCAAAGCAGGCCGGUGUGGCGCUGCCGCCCUCCGUCUCCGGCGGCGGCGCCGCCGCAGGCGGCGCUGCCGUGGCGGCAGCAGCAGCAGGCGACAAGCCCUCCACCCCGGCACCCGGCAUCAAGCCGCCGGCGACACCGCCUGGCGGCGCCAGCAAGGGCAAGGCGGCGGCAGCGGCCGCCGCCGCGGCCGCGGCGGCCGCCGCCGGCGCGUCCGAGCCUCGCGAGCUCACGCUAAACUUCCCGCACGCCAUCUACCCGGGCGAGGUCGCCACUGCGUCGUUCGACGUGGGGUCGCUCAAGAGCACUGCCAGCGGCUCCGCGCCGGGCGAGGUGGGCGUGGCAGAGCUGCCGGCGGAGGCGCGCGAGGCAGGCUGGGCCGUCACCGACCCGCCCACCGCCGGCGCCGGAGGCGGCGGCAAGGUGCCGCUGGCGGCGGGCGAGCGCAAGCCCAUCACUUUGUCGUACUCGGCGCCGGCGGCGCCGCAUCCCGGCAUGGUGGCGGCGUACGGGCACGCCGAGUACCGCGUGCUGAAGCUGCAGCUGACGCUCAAGGGCGGGCUGGCGGCGCUGUCAGGCGGGCCGGAGGGGCGCAAGGUGGUGGUGGCGGCGCGCUGCCGGCUGCUGCCCGGGUCACGGCCGCCAGGGGAGCCGGUGCCGCCGGGCGUCACCCCCGCGCCGGAGCCGGUGGCGGCGUCGGGUCCAGGAGCAGGCGCGGCAGGGGUGAAGAAGCUGGUGCCACCGCCGUCGCCGCCGAAGAAGGCGGUGUAAUGCGGUGCAACAGCAGACGAUGGGUGUCUUUUUUGCGGGGUUAGGUGUACAAUUUUUGGCAUUGAGGGUUGUGUGGGCUUGCUGAGGGAGCGGUUUGGAGGCCCGAACACGCGAUGGAACGGACAUACCGUGAGCGGGUACUAGAGCAGGUAGGGCUGUCGCUCAGAGCAGGUGGGAGGUGGAUGAGUCGCGGUGCUCGCCCAGAGGAGCACGUAGCUGCGGCGUUACACCUGUGGUUUGACCGCACGUGUGGAGCAGCGUGCAAGGGAAGACGACAUGGGAUUCAAACCAUUCCAUGUUCACAACGGUGCCUCAAACAAAGUCCAAG